ACAUAUUCCCUCUUUUAAGGACAUACUUCUACCGUAUAUACGGAAUUCUCAGGCAUGUUUAGGCUACUAUAUCUACUACGUACGUCUUAGCGUAUGGAGUAUCUAUCAUAUCCACAAUAUAUGGGUUGGCUGACGUCAAUUUUCUUGGUAAUAUAGAUAAGUAUUAUCUGUCUAUAAAAUGGGAACUCGUAAGAAUAUUUCUGUAAACUUGCGAGACUUGCAGCGUGUGAUGUCUUCAGAACCAGAAAAUCCACCGGCACCCGCAGUUGAUGCUAAAACGAAGUUUGGAGCGGUAAAGACUUUUGAAUAUAAUUUAUCCACAAGUCGUUGGGGGAAUGAAGAAAAUGACGAUGACUUCGAUGAUUUCAUUGUUGAUAAGACUGAACAGGAAUCUGGCGCAUCUUUGGAAAGGUCGUCCCUUUCAUCUAAUUCAUCCAAUAGAAGGCUCAGAAGUACACCUUCUUUAGCCAACAAAACACCUUCGCCUGCUACUCUAACAAAAGAACAACCUAAAACUACAGAGAGUUGGAGGAGUACCACUCUCUCUGCAGAUAGUACGGAUUCAUGGAGAUCUACAAAGAAUAGAGACACAAAUACAUAUGAUGCAUCUAGUGCUUUCAAUAAAGAUGGGCCGCGCACGAAUCGGGAUUUUGAUUUCUCAAGGGAAACAUUUAGACAAAGUGAUAGAAGGCAAAGCCGAUUCAGAAGCGACUUUUCACGGAAUAAUGAUACUGCUCCCUCGAAUAACAGGUUCAGCUGUCUAGAUGAUGAUUCAGGUACUGCAAAUUUACAAACAUAUUAUACCUUAGAACCUCCGAAAUCCAGGGGCUCUGGGUUUAGUGGCACAGAAUCACCCACACAUGGUUCAUUCUCUCGUUCUGAAGUCUCUUCUAGAUCAAGUAUUCAAACAGAUUCAAAAUUUGGCACAAAGAACGAAGUAAAGACCACAGGUGCAGAGUCAAAGCCAAAAACGGGACUUUUUGUACCAUCAUAUAAGCGUAACCAAAAACAAGAAGAUUCUGUAGAGGAUAUCUUUAAGAAGGCUGCUGGAAUUACUGAAUUAUCUGUUAAUACACCUGAUCCAGAAAAGGUCAAAAAGGAUCUCAACGAACAACACAAACAAGUUCUUCUUUCAAAGAGAAAUGAGAUUAUUAAGCACAACCGUCUGUUUCAGUGCUCCCCUGAAAAUGUUAAAGCUAUAGAGUCACUGGUGGAUUUACUCUUGGGUGGAAAAGCUGUAGAAGACUUUGCAGAUGUUCUUGGUGAAUCCGAAGAUCUACACUCUAUAGUACCGUUUGUAGUAACUUGCCUUGUUGUCUCUAAAAAUUGUGAAUCUUGUACCACUCUUUCACAAGUUCACGAAAAAUUUGAGAAAGUUUCUAAAUGGCUUUUGUUUUUACUUGAGAAUAAUGAUGACACAUAUCCAACAAAGUUGUUGACAGAAAUCGCCAAAUUUUUAAAUCAGUGGGAAUUUCCUGCUUUGUCUAACUCACUUUAUCUUCUUGAGGCUGUAUUUGACUCCCUUUAUACUCUAAAAAUUGUAUCAAAAGAGGACUUUAUUCAGUGGUUCGAAAGGGAUAUUGACGAAGCUCCAAACAGACUCACCGUUUUGAUUCAGACGAUGGCUUGGAAGAAGUGGUUAACCGGAGAGGGCCUUGAAGAAUCUGUCGCGGAGGAAGGUGUCUCAGAUGAAGAGGACGAAGAAGAUAUUGACAUUGAAGCGCUUGUUCCCAAGCCAAUACGCCUAACAAAAGGAAUGAAAUAUUAA